AUUCAGCCUCGUUUUCAAAAUCAAAAGAAAAUGGCGACGUGAAUUUUGUUUCUGAAUUCUUACGAGCUUGUGCUCAAAGGAGGAUAAAUAGCUUAUAGCUGUAUUGAUCGUACUGGAAUGUCGUUUUCCAUAUUUAUUUGUCUCAAGCAACUCUCUUUACCGAAUGUCUAUUGAAAUCGACCCUCCAUGUGCAUAUUCACUGGACAAGGUGCAGUUACGAUUUUUAGGGCCUAAUGAUAUUGAUGAAUUUAAAGUGCUCUGUCGCGACUGGUUCCCGAUUGAGUAUCCGAAUGGCUGGUACAAAGAGGUGACAUCAGGCCAAAAGUUCUUUUCUCUUGCUGUGACUUUAAACAACGAGAUAAUUGGUGUUAUUGUUGCUGAAGUCAAGGAAAGAAAAAAAUGCAACAAAGAGGAUUCCACUAUACUUGGCUACUGGUACCCUUCAAAUGUCAAAGUGGCUUAUAUCUUGAUCCUGGGAGUAAAAAAGCAGUACAGAAGAAUUGGAAUAGCUUCAUUGCUACUGGACAACUUUGUGUCACAAUUGAGAACGGAGGAAAAUCAGUAUUGUAAAGCAGUAUACUUACAUGUUCUUCCUACAAACACAGCAGCAAUAAGCUUCUAUGAAAAGCAAAACUUUAAAUUCCACAGAGUUCUUUGGAAUUAUUACAAUAUAAAUGAUAGAAAAAUGGAUGGAUAUUGUUAUGCAAUGUACCUGAAUGGAGGUGAACCACCAUGGACCGUUCUAGAUUUUGCCAAGAAUUUCUCCCGCUGCUUUUGUGAUAAAAGAAGACUGUUUGCUCCAUUUAGGUUUGUUUUGAAACUAUUCUUAAUGUUAUAUAUGUAUAUGCAGUGUUAUUCAAAUAGAGUAUGGAACCUUUGAAAAAGUACAUGAAACAAUAUUAUAUUGCAACUUGUCUUUGUUUUAAUUUUAUAAAACCACAAAUCAUGUCUGCUUUACAAUGAGUUAAUGUAUUAAAGAUUUCCAAUUCAGUUAUAAUGAUUCUUUAGUUUCUACACAACUUUCAAAGAAACAACUCAUAGAAACAGUUUAAGGUAUUGGGUCAUGGUAUAAAGACUUCCCCUACAUAUGUUCAUCUGCUUUGGCAUGAUCAUUAGAAUUCGAUACAAUCACCAGUCAUUUUAUAUACCGGGUCCUUGACCAAGCGUAUGUAAAUUUGAUCCUUAUAGCAAUUGUUGUGUUUUUAUAACAGAAUAUUUGGGGAUAUUCCACAUUUAUGCCAUUCUUCUAUGCCUCUAUCUGGUUGCAUCUUCUGUAGCAAAGUUGCCUGAAAAUAUUUUAUGUUUAUACUCUGAAAAGUGUCAUAUGUGCUUCAGUAUCAAAUAUUUCCACUAUUUCAUGCCAUAUUCAAAUUUUGUAGUACCAAAAACUUAUUUGAAAUACUUUUAUAAUGCAAAAGUAGGUAGGCUUUACAAUAUCAAAACAAUGGAGGUCUGUGGUGCUACAAAGUCAGGCAUUUUCUCCCUAACACUAUUUUCAUGUCAUUUGUGCCAGCCCCUGCUAUGACAAGCCCCAACCCUAUAGGGCCUUUAAAAUUUGCUCAUGAAGCAAAAUUUUGUUCUGAGACUGGUCACUGUUUCCAAAUCCAAUCUCUUUUCUGAAGUUUUCUAAGUUUAAAUGAUCAUUUCUUAGGCUAUAUCAGCAUACUUGAUCCAUACUAUACAAUACCUGAUCCUAUAACUAACUGUUAUCUAUCUACUAACUCUAAAAAUGAAAGCUUUAAUUCUUUAUAAAGCAACUAAUUCUUCAAAAGCUGUAAAAUUUUCACCUCACUCAUUGUUUUUUGUUAGUUGUUAAAUUGCUAGUAUUUAUUUGUUUGAUGAUUUUUUUAAAUGAAUGUUUUGUGAAUAAAAUGU